AUGUUAAAUGAAGACUGCAUCACUGCUCGUAGCGCAACACCGUAUUGCAAAAUACCUGUAGAUUCGCUUGACAGACGUUGUUGUUUUUGUUUGUGCUCUGCGCAUUCACAAAGUCAAAAUUCCUCAGAAGCACCGAAUGUAUUCUCUCCUCAAACAACGGCAGGUUUUACAACGUCACAAGACACUCAAACACAGUCUGAAUGGAGUCAAUUUGAUGAGUGUCGAUAUUCCGUUCCUCCUACCGUGGGAUGUCGCUGUUCCUGUGGAGAUGCUUCGACUCUCACGAAUUCACUUUGUCUGACUCCGAUGCAGGAAUACGAAUUUGGGCCAUCCGGUACUGAACUAGUAAGGGAACAGAAUGAGAUGAGCCAACAUAAAUCCACUUUUCAUCCUUCACUGUCGUUUUCUUCUCCUUUCCUGUCAUCAGAGUUCAGAGUUAACGCCACAUCUUCUGCACCAGUGAUACUUUGUGAGGAAUUGAGCCUUUCUCGGGAACCUCUUUAUAUAAGCGCGCCUAUGUGGAGUUCAUUGGGUGCUACUGCCUUUUGCUGUAAUUCUCAGGACAGUCGAUCUAAUGCGAGAAAGGUGGGUUUACCAAAGUAUAAUGAGGAGAAACGAGAGCCAUUGGUAUCCAAUACUACUACUAGUACUACUAAUACUACUGCUACCGCUCAUAAUAAUAAUAAAAAUAAUAAUAAUAAUGCUGGUUCAUCUGUGGCUCCACUCAAUUCUCCAGUAAUGUUGGUUACGCUUCAAGAAAACCGAUACCGAAGAGAAUGGGUAGGAGCUCGCAGGGUUGAACCUGCGGUGACUGUUGCUGAUGUUCUCUAUGAUAAAGUAGGUGCAACUUGUAAAAAAGAGUCACUGGGCUGUUAUGGACUUCAUAAUAUGACAACACCCUUUCUUCAGUCUGGACCGAAGCUGGAUACUUCACCUGAUGUAUCGUUGUCAUCAUUUUCCCACACGUGCAGAGACUCAAUCAUGGAGCCUCUUCCAGAAGGAAAUAAAAGGUCAAACCGAGAGGACUGGUUGGAUCAGGGAUCAUUUUGGGCUGCCCGUCGAGACGCGCAGAAAUUCGCUUUGUCAUAUAUUCUGGAGCGAUUUUCUGACGAUGUGAUGCCACUUGAAGGAAACUGA